GUACAACCAAGCAGCACCCUUCUUCCCCAAUUAAACACAAUCGAAGCAUCCCGGUAUCGAAGUACAGCACAAGUAUCGCAGCCUCCACACCCAAGGCUGCCUCCCGCUGCCGCACACUACCGCUACCAGAACGGCGCUACUGGAGAACACGCCGUCAGCCCACCACCAACUUCCGUCCCCGCGCUCAGCCCAGGGACACUGAGGCUCCGACGUUGCAGCACCGCGCAACCCACCGUAACAGCAAUCAGAAACACCCACACUCGGCGGAGAUCAACCCAGCUUUCGCAUAACUUCUGCACAGAAUGGUUAUUCCUCCACCUGUUAGGCCUCUAAGAAUUACAAAAUAUCUUAAGCCUUAUGUCCUGAAGAUGCACUUCACAAACAAGUUUGUGAGUGCCCAGGUGAUACACACACCAACCGCCACUGUUGCCUCUGCUGCAAGCUCACAGGAGAAGGCCUUAAGGCCAAGCAUGGAAUCUACUCGGGAUGUGGCUGCUGCUGCAAAGAUUGGAAAAUUAUUGGGGGAGCGCCUGCUGCUCAAAGAUAUCCCAGGUGUUUCUGUUCACUUGAAGAGAGAACAGAAAUAUCAUGGUAAGGUCAAAGCUGUCGUUGAUUCUUUGAGGGAAGCUGGUGUCAAACUGCUUUAACUUUUCUUUUGCUUUAUAAAGUGAAAUCUAUUGUUGAAUUUGCUUGUAAGUUUAUGGUUUCUAGCAAUUCUAACUCUGUUCUAAGAGGAGUACUUGGGGGAGAUGAAAGGGAAGUGGAUGGUGGCGUUUCUGUUUGAUGCUGCUCAAUGUCAUCGUGAUAAACACGUUUCUGGAAAUUGGGAUUGUUACUGAACUGUGUCAUUUGUCA